CUGUCUGUGUGUGUGUGUGUGUGUGUGUGUGUGUCGUUGCUUUGUAAAACUAGAAUGGGCACUCUGUAGAGCGCAUACCUUCGCAUAUCACAAGAUUGGGCAUUGAAUUAUGAACAUGUUGGCAUUAGUUGCAUGCCAAUUGGACAAAAAUGUAUCGUGCUAUGGUAAAAAAAAGAUGUUAACCUUUCCAUGACCUUGACCUUGACCUUGGACCCGAUUGAUCCCAAAAUCUAAUCAAAUGGUCCCCGGAUAAUAACCAAUCAUCCCACCAAAUGUCAUGCAAUUCAAGAGGAUUUUGACCUGUUCAUGACCUUUGACCUUGAACUUUGACCCGAUCGAUCCCAAAAUCUAAUCAACUGGUCCCCGGAUAAUAAACAAUCAUCCCACCAAAUUUCAUGCGAUUCGGUUCAAUACUUUUUGAGUUCUGCGAAAGAUUUUGACCUGUUCAUGACCUUUGACCCGAUCGAUCCCAAAAUCUAAUCAACUGGUCCCCGGAUAAUAAACAAUCAUCCCACCAAAUUUCAUGCGAUUCAAUACUUUUUGAGUUUUGCGAAUAACACGCAUACAAAUGAAUAAAUACAUAAAUAAAUACAUAAAUAAAUACACGGCGAUCAAAACAUAACCUUCCGGCAUUUUCAAUGCAAAGGUAAAUAUGAAAUAAUUAAAAUCAGGAUUGCUCAUAUUCACACAUCAUACAGCUUGCCUGAAGAAAAGGGGCGUUGCUAAACUAAUCAAUCACUGCUAACAGCGUCACAGGGACAUGUCAUAAUCCACUGGAUGGGCCGUGUGCCUUAUCUUUAUCUUUAUCUUGCCGUGUCCCAAGUCAAAAGAAGCCCGUGUGGGUGUUGCUGUGUUGCAGAGCAGAACUUUGUGUCGUCAUCGACCGUGAGAGAUGCCUCCAAAGACGAGGGCCAGCGCGAGUAAAAGAACUGUGAGUUCAGGCAACGACGACGACGGGGAAACGGCUGGCGGGAAGAGGAAAGCUGCAGCUCCUGUUGAGUCUGGAAAAAAUAAGGAGAGCUCAGAAUCUCCCCAGUCCUGUCGCUGGCUGAUGAAGUCUGAGCCAGAGAGCCGCUUUGAGAAUGGCAUCGACGUCAAGUUUGGGAUCGAGGAUCUGAAGGCUCUGCCUGGGCAGACUAGUUGCUGGGAUGGCGUCCGCAAUUAUCAGGCUCGCAAUUUUAUGAGACAGAUGAAAGACGGGCAGUUGGCUUUCUUUUACCACAGCAACUGCAAGGAACCGGGGAUAGCGGGAAUCAUGGCAAUUGUGAAGGAAGCGUACGUGGACCACACGCAGUUUGACAAGAAAGAUGUCCAUUUCGAUGCAAAGAGCAAACCGGACAACCCCAAAUGGAGCAUGGUCGAUGUGAAGUAUCAAAGGACGACGAAGCGUUUUCUUCCUCUGUCUGAGCUGAAAAAGUACCACGUGCAGCAUCGCGCCAAGGGAGGGCCUCUGAAGGAAAUGGCACUUUUCACAAGGGCCCGGCUCUCUGUGCAACCUCUGACCCCUGAGGAGUUUGACUUUGUCCUGAGAUUGGAAGAUGAAGAGCCUUUGUGACGAUUUGAACCAGAUGAUUGUUUUCUAUCUCGACACUGAAAUCAUAAAGCAGUGACCUUGUUCACAGAUAUUAAAUGUGCUUUUGUCAAAUAUUGGCUCACAUCCACUUUCUCACCUCCAUCUCUGAACGAUACAGAGCGAGCUUGUUCGACACCGGGUGUUUGUUUGACAAAUUCGAGCUUUGUGUAAUAAAAAAAUGUUUUUUAUAGAA